CUCACUUCCUCUCUCUCUCUCUCUCUCUCUGCCCCCAUGGAAGAAACCAAUGGACAAAGAGAAACUCACAACUUCAUGAACGUCAAUGUUGAAUCCUUUUCUCAGCUUCCGUUCAUCCACCGUACCCGUACUCCUCCCAAAGAUAAAACCUCCAUGAUUCGUCUCUUCGGCCAAGAGCUCGUUAGAGAUAACCCUCGACAAGAAGCCUUCUCUCCAGAUCCUUGUGAAACUACAACAACCAAGAUCAACCAUGAGAAGAAUGUCAAGGAAGAUAAUAAGGACAAGGACAACAUCAGUAACAGGAGAUUCGAGUGUCACUACUGUUUCAGAAAAUUCCCGACUUCUCAAGCCCUAGGUGGACACCAAAACGCUCACAAACGAGAACGCCAACACGCCAAACGCGGUUCCAUGACCCCAUACCUUGAUCACCAUCAUUAUUAUCAGCCUGAGCCUCACCACGUCUACGGCUUCCUCAACAACUAUCACCACCGUCACUAUCCCUCGUGGACGACGGAAGCUAGAUUCUACGGUGGUGGUGGUGGUGGUGGUGGACUACAACAAAUGCCAUCAUAUUACUCAGGCACUCUUCUUCCUCCUUCUUCUUCUUCUUCUUCUUCUACCCCACCGACGAUCAACGGAAGUCCUUUAGGUUUCUGGCGUGUACCGUCUUCCACGUCAACAAACGCUAUUCAUGGAGUUUACUCAGCUUCACCAGCUUUAGCGUUUAGGGCCCAUGACCAAGAGAGUAGGGAACCGAGUUGGCCCUACAAAUUGAUGAAACCUAAUGUGAAAGAUCAUUUGAGUCUCGAUCUUCAUCUUUGAUACUUCUUUGUGUUGGUAUAUCAUUUAAACCUGGCCAACCAAUUCUUCUUAGAGUGUUCAUUCUUUCUGAAGAGAACCGGGCAGGAUGUGUAGAUCUUGAACGUUUGGCUUUUUCUUAUUUAUUAUGAGUUUAUAUGAUUAUAAAAUAUGUUUAUCC